CGUCGUCGUGUCCUCCGCCAGCAGUUCUCUUCGAUCGUCCGGUCCACACAUUACUUUUGAUUUCUUGAUCCUGUUCUCCACUCUUGGCAUCUAUUCUAGAGUGUCGCCAUCUCCAAACUCUACCUUCAAUCUCAAUUUUAGCCUUUUAGGAUUCAGAUUUAUACCCAAAGUCCAAUUCCCUGUUCUUUUCUUUUUAAAAAACGAAGCUUUUCUUUUUUCCUCCUUUCAGUGCAGAAUAGGAUUUUUUUCCCAUAUUUUUGUUCUUCUUUUUUUCUCACGUGGUGAGAAUUUCAUACUAAAGUUUGUGUGCGUUGGGGUUUAGGGUUAUCGUUAUAGGAUUUUAUAGUUUUAUUUGAGCUUGUGAAAGAUGGCUCCUUGGGGUGGGGUAACCUGCUGUUUGAGUGCGGCUGCUCUUUAUCUUCUUGGGAGGAGCAGUGGAAGGGAUGCAGAGGCCUUGAAAUCUGUUACCAGAGUGAAUCAUUUGAAGGAUUUGGCGCAAUUGUUAGAUACUGCUUCCAAGGUCUUGCCUUUUGUUGUCACGAUAUCUGGAAGGGUUGGUUCAGAUACGCCAAUUAGCUGCCAAUAUAGUGGCUUACGUGGAGUAAUUCUCGAAGAAACGGCCGAGCAACAUUUUCUUAAACACAAUGAUGCUGGUUCAUGGAUACAGGAUUCCGCCUUAAUGCUUUCCAUGUGUAAAGAAGUUCCUUGGUAUUUGGAUGAUGGAACUGGACGUGCGUUUGUAGUUGGUGGCCGAGGUGCCACGGGUUUGGUAUUGACUGUUGGGAGUGAAGUGUUUGAAGAAGCGGGUCGAUCCAUUGGACGGGGAAUGCUAGAUUAUCUUCAAGGUCUUAAGAUGCUUGGCGUGAAGAGAGUUGAACGUGUACUUCCCGUUGGCACACCCUUGACGGUUAUUGGUGAGGCUGUUAAGGAUGACAUAGGGACAGUUCGGAUCCAACGACCUCAUAAAGGCCCAUUUUAUAUCUCUCGUAAAACUAUUGACCAGCUUAUUAUGAAUCUUGGGAAAUGGGCGAGGUGGUACAAAUAUGCUUCAAUGGGGUUCACUGUCGUCGGUGUUUAUCUGCUUGUAAAACAUGCUUUCCAGUACAUUACGGAAAGAAGGCGCCACUGGGAGCUGCGUAAGAGAGUUCUUGCUGCUGCAGCUAAAAAAUCUGGACAAGAAGAUGAAGGUAGCUCGUUCGCUUUUUCAAUAUUCUACUUUUUUGUUGUUCACGUAGACGGUUUUCAUGUUCAAAUUUUACAUCUUCCACAUUCCUUUGUGUUUAUAGGUUCGAGUGUAAAAGAGGAAAACGGAGCGGAUAGUAAAAAGGACCGGUUAAUGCCAGAUUUAUGUGUAAUAUGCUUGGAGCAGGAAUACAAUACGGUUUUUGUCCAGUGUGGGCAUAUGUGCUGUUGCAUGGCGUGCUCGUCGCACUUGACAAACUGCCCGCUUUGCCGGAGACGGAUCGAGCAGGUAGUCCGGACCUUUCGUCACUAAACUCUAAAACACGAUUAAUCUUUUUUUCCCUCCCCUGCCCUUAAUACGAGACCUGGAUGAUUGUGGGGCCAAUACUUUUGCGUCUGAGGCCGCCUAAGAUGCACUACCGUGACAAUGAUACAGCUUCUGUCGAAACCGAAAUUGUGUCCUUCAAUUAUGGUCAUUCAUACAUCAUCGUGUAUGGUUCAGUGAAAUGAGCAGACUGAGAAUGAGUUGUGGGCUAAUUUUUCUCGAACUUUAUUCAUGACCUGUAAAUAGCACUGACCUGAAAUGGUUUCUAGCUUUGCAUUGUUUUUUUUGCACAUUUCUCAUGUUGUCACUAACUGUCUUAUGUAUGUAUGUUAUGUUCUGCUAUUUGAGUAAUCAAGAAAUAAACUAUGUUCAGGCUUCC